AGGAAAAAUGAUAAUUACCUUAUACAUUAACUAUUGUAUAAUAAAUACCACGAAAAGGGGCAGAGUUUUCCCCAACGAAGCGAAAAUCCUUAAACAAGUUGGAAAUACCAUACGCUCUUUGAGGUAAAUCCGUCAGGUAAAAUUGUUGUAAUAUAGUCAUUAUGCUUCCAUAAUUUUUAUAACUGCGUCUGGGUUUUCCCAAAGUAUGGAAGCAUACAUCGUGUUGACUAUAUAAUGGGCUGAAAAUUUACUCAGGGCAACAGUCGCUAACUCUAAGGUGACAGUGCAACACACAGCAAAAUACUCCUUGCAAACGAAAGAAAACUAGUGAUUUUAGAUUAUACGCCACAUUAUAGAACUUUUAUAAAAUACACGAUGGCUUCAAACCUCCAGUCAUUCCUUACAACGUUAAUGAUCUUUUUGGUAGUUGCUCAGACUAGUGCCAGACCAUCGCCUAAUGCAGAUAUGUUGAACAAAUUGAAGAGCAUAUUCAAAGUUGGACAAGGUAUUAUGGUAUACAACAUCGGAGUAUCAAGCGAAGGACUUGAGGAUGACGAAAUCGUUUGUGCUGAACGUAGAGCUGGAAAGUCAUAUUGCAAGGAGGUUGAAAACUACAUAGAGGCUACACGUCUAGAUAAAAUCGAUCCAGAACAAUUUGCUAAAUUCAAGGAAUAUUUCAAAGAUGACUUAGAACAAACACAGAUGGUAGCAACUCGUAUGGAUGUUGGUGAUAGUAAGACCAAAAUAAUAUAUCCAGAAGGUGCUGAGUCAGAGGAUUCCAAAUGGUUAUUGGUGGUACAAGAUGAACAACAUAAACAGGGUGUUCUGAUAGAGGAAUGUGAAAAUGUGGACAGUGCUUCAGAAGAGAAUAGUACCUUGCCGGUGGAGCAUAUCUCGAAAUGUAAACAGAAUUUCAGCUAUCGCAAGUUGGUUGUGCUGGUGAAUGGUGAGAUGAAGGAGAAAAUGGUGAAAUUACCAAGUAACUGUGAAUGUUAUUAAGUACAAGUAUAGGUACAUCAGAACAUAUUUUAAGCUAUAAAAUAUGUAUAGUUAUAAGAUAAUAUAAGAAAUUGUGUAAAAAUGUA